UGCCAGGUUUUGGGGCGGUUUUUAUGCUGUCUAAACUUCACAGCUUCAGCCUCUCCAACGACGGCUAAUCGCCUCCAGCCACCGUCUUUCGCCUUCAGCCACCGUCGUUCUAUCUACGCAAUUUGUCAGUAUAAGUUGAACACAAUGCGGUGGCCGAUUGGGAAGAGAGACGAUGAUCGUUCUACUAAAAAAGAUUGCUCUUGGUUUGUGGCAAUUGAGAAACAUGCUGUUUUAACUGAAGUGAGGGGUUUUGGUGAUCCCCAUUUGGAUAAAACAAGAUGUUUGCAGAUCAUCAAAAAGCUUUUGUAUCUUCUCAAUCAGGGUGAAACAUUCACAAAGAGUGAAGCUGUAGCUAUACUGUCUUCUGCUGUUAAUCUGUAUCGUUUCCAAGAUGUUCAUUUGAGAAGAAUGUUUCAUCUAAUUGCAAGGGAUCUUUGCCCUAUUGCAGAUAAGGUUCCUCUGGUCACUAGUUCGUUACUUAAAGAAGUUAACACCGACAAUGUUGCAGAUCGGGCAAAUGCUAUCCGUUUGCUCUGUCAUAUUACAAAUGAAACAUCUUUAAGCCAAGUUGUGAAAUUCCUCGAUGAGGCUCUACGUGACGACAAUCCUAUUCUUCAAAGUGCUUCCCUUGUGUGUGCAAUCAAUCUGAUUAGGAGAGAUCCAAGGAUGGCCAUCACACUCGGUCAAGUAUACCCUGAAUCAACUGUUUCUGAUAAAGGAAAACACGUUCAGUUCCAUGCCAUAUAUCUAGAAUUUGUGAUGGGACAAGUACGUCGUGAACGGUGCAUUAAUAUGAAAGCGACUGAUAUUUACAAGCGUUAUAUUAAACGCCAUUAUGUUUCCGGGCGUUAUAUUUCCGAGAUUGAUACUUUCGGGCAUUCUUGUUGGUCUUCUUCGCCGUUGGGGCCUUGCAUCCUGGCUCGCGGUAUUACUAAGGAUGCACGACCUUGGUUUUUCUUGUAUUUUGAUGGAUACCCAUACACACUGUCUUGUAUCCAUGAUAAAGAUGAAAUGGUGGCAAUAGAAGGAUUUCGGUCACUGGCAAGGGUGGCAAGCAUAUGUAUUCCUGGUCUUAACGAUGUGACACCUCUUACUCUUACUGAGCUUAAAGCUGCCAUAGAUGUUAUGCGAAUUCUUUGUGUUUCUCACAGGCCUGUGGUGAGGUUUAGUGCUUUCAGGGCAUUGCAGAAGCAGGUGGGGGUGGUGCAUAAUGAGGUAUGGACAACUCCAGAGGAUCAUAUAGCAAUUGGUUUGGAUGUGAAUGUAUAUAACUUAUAUAACCAUCGAGACAAUGAGCCAGAAGCUGAACAAGAAUCUCAAGUCAUUAAAUCUCCAUCAUACUUUAGUUGUGAGCAUGAUCUCGAUCUCAUCGACAAUCUUCAAGGACUCCAUGAAGGAGAAACUAUGAUAUGGGAGUGACUCAAAAAGGAACGAUAGCUGAUGGAACAGUCAUAGUAUUUUUUUACAACACUCAGUUUGAUCCUCUGAGGCGGGGAAACAAUUGGAUCUGUGGCUAAGCCACCACCAUCAUGUACUCUCUAUGUCCCACCUUACUUGCAAUCCGAUCCGACCCACACCAAGAGUUGGUUUUAUCAAAUUACGUGAAUUUUAAGUGUUGAUUUAUCAAAUUUGUUAUAAAAUUAAAUUUCUAUCA